AUGCGAGCAAGACUGCUUGGGAAGAGCUUGGCCUCCUUGUAUGUACGGCCGCCCGUCACCUGCUACACGGAUGCCUGUGAGGCCCCGGUGGCCAUGUGGAAUGGCGCCAUUCCACUGAAGGAGGUUCGUACAAUGCAGCGGGGAGUCCCGGUGCGACACGUGGCAAAGCUUUACUCGCACCCCCCGGAAACUGUCCCAACGCGGCUUUCUUUUAAUGACAUCAAUUCGAUGUAUUGCAUUGGAAAUGACGAAUUGGUGCGGUUCUUUCCAGAGGGUUUGGGAGGCAAAGUGAUGCAGUUGAUGCCCCCAGGUCACCCCAGAGGGUUUUUGUAUCGAAAGGAGGCGCAUUUGUUAAACCUGUUCAUAGACAAGGUACAGUACUGGCAGGCGAAACACGACGUGCUGAGCUCCCUCACAAAUAACAGACCGGGCUUUAUCAUUGACGGUCCAACAGGAUGUGGCAAAAGUGCCCUCAUGGCUCAAGUGGUGCACUACGCCCGUUCGAGGAAGCUACUGACGCUAUAUGUGCCGAACGCGAAAGACUGGACCCACGGAGAAUGGUGCUGGCCAAGCACCAUCUUACCGGGCUUCUUUGAUGCCCCGGAUGCCGCUCGAUCGUUCCUCCGAUAUUUUGCAAUCGCCAACCGCACUACUUUGCUGUCAUGGCGGCUGAAGUGUACCCCAAAUGACCUCCCGGUGGAGCAGGGGGAGCGGCAACCACAGAACCUGUAUGAACUCUGCGAGUGGGGGCACAAGGCCGUGGCCCCGGCCUCCAUUGAUCGUCAGAGUGUCUGUAUCAAGUUCUUACUCGACGAGAUUAGCGAAGAGAAGAAGAUUCCCAUUGUCAUUGUUGUCGAUGGGUGGAAUCUGUUCUCCCACGAUACCCAUUUUCGCUAUCCGCACCCCGACUUUCUUCGCACGCUCGCUUCCCUAAACGAUGGCUCCACCGAUGUCGAUCUCUAUCCGCAGGAGCUGCCUCGUAUUCCUGCGGCCCGCCUCAGCUUCGUCCGUGGCCUGAACAAAAUGAUUCUCUCCAAGGAUGAGCCGAAUAAGUUCUUCUUUACGUGUACCACAAGAGAUUUUAAGCCGUUUGACGGCAUCAGCGGUUUUCCAGAUGUUGAAACCGAUCGUUUCGUGAACAGUCUAGAUGAGUACGCCCCGUACGACGCAGAGAAGGACUCUCUAUUCCAUCCUAUUCAUCUGGGCAACUUUGACGAGUACGAAUUUCGAGCCUUCACUAGAUUCCUUGUAAAUUCUGGUGAGUUGGCAGGACUUGGCUGGGGGCCCUUGUGGCAUUUCUCCAGCAGCUUUGAGCGAAAGCUGUACAAAAUAGGGUUUCUCUCCGACCGCAACCCGCAGGGGGUCAUUGACCACUACCACCAGGAGUUAGUAUGGCGCCAGGAAUACCAGCGGACGCGCCAGAAACAGUACCUGCUGCAUCGCAAUAUGGAGCUGGCGGCGUCUGCGAGGAAGACGGGUAGCACUAGACAUAACGGGGCGUGA